AUUAUUUUGAGUAGAAAGGCUGUAUGGGCUUAGAUCCCCUUGCCUUUCAUAAUAAGGAAAAAUUGUACCAAAAAAUAUAUUUUGAGUAGAACGAAUUGAUAUAAUAAAAAGUUCGAACUUAUAAAAUGACCAAAACAGCGGAUAACAUCAACCCUCACAUUUACGAGAAGGGUUCAGAACGGGAGAUCACUUCUUCGGAACGCGACGAAGACUUGCAAGAUGAAUUUGAUGAUCGCGAAAUAUUUGAUUUAAUACGAAAUAUAAAUGAUCCUGAACACCCAUUGACACUCGAGGAGCUCAGGGUGGUGGAAGAGAAGAAUAUAAUCGUUAAUAACGAUGAUAGUACUGUAUUAGUCAAUUUUACACCGACAAUUCCCCAUUGCAGUAUGGCGACUCUGAUAGGUCUUUCAAUACGAGUUCAACUACUCCGAGCUCUGCCAAGCCGUUUCAAAGUGACCGUACAAGUAUCGGAGGGCUCUCACGCUUCCGAACAUGCGGUCAACAAACAGUUAGCGGACAAGGAAAGAGUUGCUGCAGCUUUAGAGAACAAUAAUCUACUGCAAAUCAUCAAUCAAUGCAUAGCUGUUUAAUUGAUAGGGAUAAAUUUAUUUGUAAGCCAGAUUAUCAGUGGCUUUGGUCCAAAGAAUGCUGGUACGGCAUCUGAUUCACUUGCAUAUACAUUUGAGGUUAUAGACGUAUCAUUCAAUUAUCGAUCUUAAAAUAUGAUGCCUAUGACUUCAUUGGUCACUUGCUGGUACCUGUUUUGAAGGAGACAGCUUAUAUUAUUUAUUAUUGCUUAUAAAUACUUGAAUGCUUAAUGGGUUCCUGUAGGACCUCUUGUGAGUCCGCGCGGGUGGGUACCACCGCCCCGCCUAUUUCUGCCGUGAAGCAGUAAUGCGUUUCGGUUUGAAAGGUGGGGCAGCCGUUGUAACUAUACUGAGAUCUUAGAACUUAUAUCUGAAGGUGUGUGGCGCAUUUACAUUGUAGAUGUUCCAGUAACCACUUAACACCAGGUGGGCUGUGAGCUCGUCCACACAUCUAGGCAAUAAGAGAUAAAUAAACAUUAAAUACCUAUUUAUUUUGUAUUUUAGCAGGAAAUAAAAGGCUUUCUAUUUUAUAUUUAUUUAUUGCUCAUAUGGGUCAAACUUGCCGGCAAUGGUAUUUAAUCUGUCACUAGAGCCCAGGGAAAUCAUGAAAGUGAAAUUCAUUACUGCUUGACGUCAGAAAAAUAUAGUGAUCUAGACUUGCAAUUGUGUUUUUUUUUUUUUUUUGUCCUACCACCAUUAAUAUUUAGACCUUGUGUUCCAUGAAUAAUGAUAAUAUACACUAUGUUUUCAAUGUGCUCUGAUAUCUGUCUACUGGAUAAUAAAAGUUGAUAGCCUAAAUAAUCAUAGAAAAAAAAAUGUAUAUUUUUAGUGAAUUUAUGUAAAAAUAUUUUGUAUAGUUAAUAAAUAAAUAAAUUAUGUA